UACAAAAUCCACACUUGUUCAUCUUCUUCUUCUAUCAUCAUUCAUCAUUCUCUCUCCACCAAUGACUUGACUUCACAAAUGGGCUUUCUCCGACGACUCUUCGGUGGCGCCAAAAAACCCUCCGCUAAGAGAAAAUGGCCCUUCUUCAAACACACCGUCAACAGCAAGUCACUCCCAGCCCCUCCCUCCACCCACUUUCAUUCUUCCUCUCCCUUGGACGCUAACAAGCAUGCCAUCGCCGUCGCCGCCGCUACCGCCGCCGUCGCCGAAGCCGCUCUCGCCGCCGCACACGCCGCUGCCGAGGUUGUCAGACUCACUAGUGGCGCCUCCGCCGCCGCCGGUGUUAGCCAGCUGCGGUGCUCGGAGGUGACCGCCGCCGUUAAGAUACAAUCUGCGUUCCGUGGUUAUUUGGCAAGGAGGGCAUUGAGAGCACUUAAAGCAUUGGUGAAAUUACAAGCAUUGGUUAGGGGCCACAUAGUGAGAAAGCAAAGUGCAGAUAUGCUGAGGCGCAUGCAAACAUUGGUGCGACUUCAGGCCCAGGCACGUGCAAGUCGUGCGCACUUGUCAGAUACUACUCCUUCUUUCAACUCCUCCCUUUCUAACUACCCUGUCCCUGAAGAAUAUGAGCACCCACCUCGUGCCUUCAGUACAAAAUUUGAUGGAUCAUCUAUACUUAAGAGAUGUAGUUCCAAUGCCAAUUUUAGGAACCAUGACUCAGAACGAGCCCGGUUUGACUCAAAUUGGUUAAACCGUUGGAUGGAACUAGAUAACAUGUGCAACCAAAGUGGAGAGUAUGCUUCAUUGAGAAAUGGUCGCCAUGAUGAUGAUAAAAGUGACAAGAUUCUUGAAGUAGAUACUUGGAGGCCUCACUUCAAGUCCCACCAUAGUAGUAGCGCCUCCUUUCAGACAGCACAUUAUUAUUUGAGUUCUGAAUAUAAUAAUGACAACUUUGAGUCUCCAUCAAAACGUUCAUCAAAGGCUCUAAAUCAAAGUCUAAACUCUUUGAAGUUUCACAAAGGAAAAGAAGAAGCAACUUCAAGAACUGCUGACAAUAGUCCACAAGCAUUUUCUGCCACCUCUAGAAAUGGAAGCGGUGCAAGGAGAGGACCCUUUACCCCUACCAGGAGUGAGUGUUCGUGGGAUUACUUCAGUGGCUUCUCGGGUCACCCCAAUUACAUGGCUAACACUGAAUCUUUUCGAGCCAAGGUGAGAUCACAAAGUGCACCAAGACAAAGGGUGGAGUUUGACAGAUACGGUUCCAUUAGGAGGCAUGCUCAGGGUCUUUGUGAUGUGGAGCAUGAUUCAGAUUUAAGGAACAAAGUCUUACCUGCCUCAAACAGUGUGAACAAAAUUGGGAGCACCAAUUUAAGGUGACAUUGAGUGCAUGUGUUAUAAGACAGUCCCACUUUUUCCACAAAAAAAAAAAAAAAAAUGUUUCCUCUUUUUGAGUUUCUUGUGUGUGGUAGCAGUUGAGAAUGUAAUUAUUUUUCACAUGUAAUUCAUAUAGUCCAUACAUGAUUGUUCCCGUUGUUGACGUUUUCUGUGAGUGGAUUUGUAAAUCAUGACUUGGUUUGACUGUUUGCUUAGUGGAGUGCAUGUUUUGAAUCGUAACUUA